AUGUGGAGUAAAAUAUUACUUAACCCUUCAAUUAAAUUGGAAAACUCUAGAGCUAUUUUGACUCAUAUUUCUUUAGAUCAUUUGAAACCAUUAAGUCAAAUUGGCUUAGAUCCUAGAAUAUGGACUCAUAACCCAUCUUAUUUUUGUGAUACAGAAGAAAAAUUAAAGAUUUAUAUUUAAGAUGCUAUAAAGUGUAGGUAGGAUUUUACUAGAGUUUCCUUUGCAGUUUUUGACAAAAAGUUUAAUAAAUAUGGCGGGUCAUCAAGCUUUUAUGCAAUCUCAGAACCAAACAAAAGAAUUGCAAUAGGAUAUACAUGGUACGGUAUAGAUUUCCAGAGAACUGGAUUAAAUGCAUCUGUCAAAAGUAUUAUGUAUGACCUAGCUUUUAAUACCCUAGGCUGUAAUCGCAUAGAAUUUCAUACUGAUUCUAAUAAUGCUGCCUCAAGAGCUUAAAUACAGCAUUAUGGUGCUUAAUUAGAAGGCAUUUUUAGAUAGCACACUGUUAGACAUAAUGGAACAUUAAGGGAUACAGCUAAUUUUUCUAUUCUCUCACAUGAAUAUGCUCAGUAGAAAGAUAGACUACAUAUUGACUGA